AUGGCAUCUGAGAACACCAAGACCGCCAACAAGAAGUCGUCGAAGUCCACUGCCCUUGCCAAACCCGCCAACAAGGGCAGCAACUCCAAAUCGACCAAGAAGGCUACCCAGGACAACACCACUACUGGCGAUGACGAAGAGGACACCGCAGAGCCCAAAACCAACACCAAGUCCGCCAACAAGAAGACGUCAAAGCCCACUGCCCUUGCCAAACCCGCCAACAAGGGUAGCACCUCCAAAGCGACCAAGAAGGCUACUCAGGACGACGACAGUGACAGCAACAGCAAUGACCAGAACGACUCCCCCAAACCGAAGAAGAAAUCUGAACUUGCCAGACCUGCCACGAAGGCUAGCACCUCCAACCCCGCCGGUUCACCAAGCAAGAAAGCUCUGAAGAGUGGGAACAAGAAUCAGGUGGACAAGAAGAAAUCUACAAAGAAGUACCGUGCCCGCUGGUACAACUCAGUCAAUCUCAAGCCGACCUCUCUUGCCAAACUGGUUGCUCGGACGGCGACUGUUAAAUAUAUCCCCAAACCUCCUGGGGAGCCAGGAGAGCCAGGCGGGGGUGGCUACACGAUUGAGACGAAGGUUCGCAUGGACAAGGCGCGUUACGGAAAGCAUUUCCGUCGGGAGUACCUUGAUAUCCAGCAAACCGUUCGUGACUUCUGCAGCGCUGCCAAGCUUCCUCCGUACUCUCGCCUUAAAGACCAAGACCUCGCCGUUGUUGGGAAAAUCAUCGCAAUGGUCGCUGUCAAACAUCCGUACAUGAACUCGAAGCGCUUUCCCAAUAAUUGGGCUAUAGCUGCCAUGCUCAAGACCUUCCUUCGUGGACAGCGUGUGGGUGUUCGGAAGAAGGAGAAGGACCUGAGUGACACGGUUAUCAGGGAGCAGGAAGAGGAAGAGGAAUCGGGAUCCGACGAGAGCGACGUUGAAAGCGACGUUGAGGGUUGCCCCACCAAGGAGGAGGUACUCAGAGCGUUCGCCACGGAUGCGGACGCCGACUACGCAUCCGACUCAGAGGUUCCCACAGACAAGAAGAAGAAAAAGGUUUCACAAUCGAGCAGCAGGAAGGCGAAGGGAAAGGCGAACACCAACAACGACGGAAGCGACGAGGAGGAGGCUGCGCCAAAACGCAAGCCCAAGGCCAGCAAACCCCAGACGCCCGCGGACGACAACGACGAGGAAGAGGAGGCAGCGCCGAAGCGCAAACGGAAAGCCAAACAGCCAGCGGACGAUGACGAGGAGGAGGAGGAGGCUGCGCCAAAGUGCAAGCCCAAGGCCCGCAAACCCCAGACGCCUGCGGACGACGACGGCGAGGAAGAGGAGGCAGCGCCGAAGCGCAAACGGAAAGUCAAACACCCAGCGGAGGCCGACGACAGCGACGACGACGACGAGCCUGAGCUGGAGCUUCCGAAGACCAGGCCCAAACCCAGACCCAGGGCUAGGCUGUCAGUCGACAUCGCCGAGGAUGGGGACCUUGAAGAAACCCCUGUACCAGCUGCAAAACGAAAAUCAACUGCCAUCGACGAUCAUUUCGACCUUGCUCGGAAGAAGGGAAAGACGACAGCAGGCCGGGCUCCAGCAUCGCCUUCGAAGGCCAUCCGAAGCAGCACCUCAGCCUCUGCAGGAACAUCGUCCCGGCGCAAUAAGAGCGACGACGAACCGGAACAAGUUAUGCGCGCCGAGGACGACGAUGACGAAUUCAACGACUUUCCAUUUGAUGAGGACGACAUCGACCUGAACGCCAGGGGUAAGGGGAAGCAGAAGAACGCGGAGGACGACGACGAUAGCGAAUUUUCUGAUUGA